CCAAGGAACACAUCCAGGAGAUGAAGAAGGAGCUCGAUUCGCUCUUGCAGACAGCGGAGAAGGCGUUUGCCGUGGAGCUGCUGACGAUGCCGGCCGCCGUGAGGAAGAUGAGAAGGAAAGAGGUGCUCGAUUUGCAAGGACGGGAGGAAAUGGCUCUUGCUGCUGCAGUGACUGACUGCUCUGUAGAAGACAUGCCAAAUCCCAAACUGGUGAGAACCAACAGCAAAAAAGUUAAGGUAACUACAAUUGUUGAAUAUGAAGAUACCAAGCACAGUUCUGCAAAGAAAAUAACUAAAAAAAUCUCCAAAACCAGGUCGCUGGUUUCACUGACCUCUGGUUUAAGUGGCAAACUGAACUCUCUUUCUAGUGCCACAAAUCACAAAGCCACUCCAAAGGGAGCUAGAAGUGCUGGAUUACAACAGACUGUCUCAAGAACUUUACCUGCCAGUGGAAGAGCUCAAGGCAUGUUAAAGAGAAGUAAAUCAGUACCCCAACAUAAAAGUGUUCCAUUUGUCAACAUUCCCCUGGCUGAUGGACAGACUCUGUGCACGGCUGGUGGAGAGCUCCGCAAUAUUGAUGUGCAGCUCCUAAACCAGGACACAGUACAGCACAUCCAUAACCUGGUGAGUGAGCUGACUGUCCUGUGUGGAAAGGUAACACCUAAGCCAAGUUAAUGGAACUGUCUGGUGACUACAGAACAUUGGUGACUGCUCUUGCCUGCUGCCUCCCUAGUGUUGAAAUAAUGUCUAUUAUGUCUUAAUAAAGCUGUAUACUGCCCAGUAAAUGUUUAUAAUAAGCCUUUAUAUCAUGUGAUGUGCCUUAUUAAGUUCCUGUUAUGAAGGAUAGCACAGCAGAAGAAAAUUAUACUUUUUCUUUAUAAAAGGCUUAGGUUAGGUUUUAACUUAGUUCACAGCAAAAUGAACAGUAAGAGGCUGUAUAUAGGAAAUAAGUUUCUCUAAUAUCAACUCACAAAUAAACUGAAAUACAAGGUGCUAAAUUUUUGAACAGCCUUAAGACACUUUAAUAACUUUAGGUAUGUGGUGGCAUGUAUGAAUCUAACACAGGAAUAAAAAUUAUUUCCAGUCUUGGGUGUGACAUGACAGUAAUGUGCAAGAUGACAGGUAAAAUUAGAAUUUAUCAGGUGCUGCUGGCAGGAGCCCAAAUUAAUGCCAGCUGGGGACUGAAGCACAACUGCCCUACAGUGAUCAGCUCUUCCUCCACCCCUUCACUUCAGCCAUCUGAAAAGUUACCAUGAAUCUCUUCCUCUCCUCCCUUUCAAAAAAGCCACAGAACCUGAAUGGGGAUUAAAGGUUUAGAGUGUUACUCUAUUUUGCAAGGACUUACAAGCAGAAGACAGGUGGUGUAAUUGUUUAAGCAUUGCAGGUUACAGGGACUGACUCCUUGGUGAGAGCAGUCAGGAGAAAGGAUCAGCAUGUAACCAUGGCUUCACAAAAAGCAACCCCAAGUUUUAAUAAAUGAAAAUAAAAGAGCCACUAGAGAAUGCCACAUCAUAAGUCAGUACUGAAAUACAGAUCAAACAGUAUUUAUUUUUGCUUCAUUUUUAGAGUCUAUAACAAGGAUGUUCAGCAACACUCAAAUGCCAAUGCCUACCCAAGCACAUUGAAACCCUUGGAGUUUGUCCCUCCAACCUCAUCAAUAAAGUGUCAACAACUAUCAGAAAAAAUAACUAAACAAGUCACACUUCAGAUUUGUAAAGAAAAGUAGAGCUUCAACUUUCUCACUUAAACAGGAGAGAAACCUUGCUAUAGAGGCAGCUUACCAACCCAACACUGUUCAUGCACAACAGUUCCUUAGUUAAGGUCACAUUUUUGCUUUGUUCUGGCUUUUUUGCCAAUUAAUAGUAAUAGAACUGCAGCUGGAGAUUUUAAUAUCUUCAUACUUAAACCAAAGUGCAAACUACUAGAAAAGUAACAAAACCAUCUACAUGUAUUAUGUUUCCAGGUUAAACAGUUCUUUUUUUUAACCUGGAAACAUUUCUCUAGGAAGUGAGGCUGAAUCAGACUUUGAAUAGGAUUCAAAGGCUAAGAGAAAGACACCAUUAUUUCAAAAUUUAAUCAUUCCCCAUUUAAGGGGUUUGUUAUCUUUAGACUGAAUUCAGAUAUCCUUGUGUUUUCUUCACACAAAGGGGACAUGGCUGCAGCCUUCCCUGUGCCCAUUUUAGUCAUCUCUCAUUUCAGGAAGAGACUUGAAUGUGGCACACAAUUGUUAUCCAACCUUCACCUAGUCUUAAGGCAGCUUCAGCCUCCCUGUGUUUAUAAAAUGUCUAUCAUCUACAUAGUCUCUUCAUACACAGACUAGUCAAAGCCACUGGAAAAGUAAGAGUUACAAGGCAAAAGAAAUAUAUUAUACACCAACUGCUUUUAUUUAAUUUCAGAAACCGUUCACAAGAUGGUAGAAAAAAAA